AUGGGCUCGAACUCGAACCUUCCCAAGUUACUCUCAGCCCUUAUUUUGCUGACCGCGGUUCUGGAAACGACGUCGCAGGAUUGCCCCUACCCGUGCUACCCUCCGCCGAUCGGUCCCGGCGACAACCCGACCCCGAUUACCACGCCUCCGCUGCCCACCACACCGCCGGCCUUUUUCUCGCCACCGGUUUCCCCUGCUCCUCCGGCGUGGUUCAGCCCGCCGUCGCCGACUUAUUUCUUCGGUGGUGCUCCGCCGCCGCCCAAUACGGUGGUGCCGUGGUGGCCGUAUUUCUCCCGGAAUCCGCCGCAUCUGGAUUAUUCUUCGUCGCCGCUUCUUAUAGGACCGACAAAAACUGUAGUCGUGGCUGUGUUUUCUCUUCUUGUUUGUUUUCUUGGACUGCAGUAA